UAGACGCGCCAAAAAAGAACUCCGAAGGAACUCGGAGUUUAGCUUGCGGAGCUGUGCUCGGUUUUACCCGCUCUCCGCCUCGCGUUCCGGUGCGCCGCGACGCUGGGACCCGGGCGGCCCGGGAGCCGGAGUGUCCGCGUAGCCCUGCGUGGCAGUGCGCGGGGCCCCGGGCGCGAUCUGGGAGGACUCGAGGACUCCCGCAGUUAGGACGACGGGACCUGAAUGAAGUCAGGGAUUGUGGGUGGCGCUUCCUCAGGCUUACUUCCCUAAAUAUUUGUUGGAAUUGCCCCCUUUCUCAGUAUGUUAUCCUGUUGGGUCGAUGUGGAACGUAGUGUUGCGAUGGAAUGUCUCAUCUUGAGAGUCUUGAAGACUUGAGUUUUUAAUCUCAGUGCUAUUACAAACAAGUUUAAUUUUAGGAGUUUGCUUAUUUGCGAACGAUUAACUAAAUCCUCUUAAAAUUAACAUAGGCUCUCCUAAUGAAUUUCACUGCAGUGUAUGAAUAUAUCAUUAGUAGUUUGUAUCUAUGGGAUAGGAAUUUUUAGGUGGAAUUGUUUUCUUUUAGAACAGUUUUAGGACAGCUUGCCACAGAAAAUAAUACAACGAAGAUUGAGUUACGAUAUUUCCCUAGUAUCAUACAGGGGUGCUAUUUACUUUUAGAAGACAUGAGUGGUGCAUACAGAGGGAGAGGUUUUGGACGGGGAAGAUUCCAAAACUGGAAAAGAGGAAGAGGUGGUGGGAACUUCUCAGGAAGCUGGAGAGAAAGAGAACACAGAGCUGACCCCAGUAAAGCUGCAGGGAAGCGCACUUCUGAACAAACUUCCCAACCUUUACUUCUACAGUCAACGUUGGACCAGUUUAUACCGUAUAAGGGCUGGAAGCUUUACUUUUCUGAAGUUUACAGUAAUAGCUCUCCUUGUAUUGAGAAGAUUCAAGCAUUUGAGAAGUUUUUCACAAGGCAUAUUGACUUUUAUGAUAAGGAUGAAAUAGAAAGAAAGGGGAGCAUUUUGGUGGAUUUUAAAGAACUGACAAAAGAUGAUGAACUAACUAACUUGAUACCAGAUAUAGAAAAUGCACUAAGAGAUAUCCCUGAGAAAACCUUGGCGUGUAUGGGCCUGGCAAUACAUCAGGUAUUAACCAAGGACCUUGAACGGCAUGCCGCAGAAUUACAAGCUCAAGAGGGAUUGUCUAAUGAUGGAGAAACAAUGGUAAAUGUGCCACAUAUUUUUGCAAGAGUGUACAACUAUGAGCCCUUAACACACCUCAAGAACGUCCGGGCAAACUGCUAUGGAAAGUACAUCUCCAUAAGAGGGACCGUGGUUCGUGUCGGGAACAUAAAGCCUCUUUGCACCAAGAUGGCUUUUCGUUGUGCUGCAUGUGGAGAGAUUCAGAGUUUCCCUCUUCCAGAUGGGAAAUACAAUCUUCCUACAAAGUGUCCUGUGCCCGCGUGUCGAGGGAAGUCAUUUGCUCCUUUGCGCAGCUCUCCCCUCACAGUCACAACGGACUGGCAGUUGAUCAAAAUACAGGAGCUGAUGUCUGACGCACAGAGAGAAGCGGGCCGGAUCCCUCGAACAAUAGAGUGUGAACUUGUUCAUGAUCUUGUAGAUAGUUGUGUCCCAGGAGAUACAGUGACUAUUACUGGAAUUGUCAAAGUCUCAAAUACUGAAGAAGGUUCUCGGAAUAAGAAUGAUAAGUGCAUGUUCCUUUUGUACAUUGAAGCAAAUUCUGUUAGCAAUAGCAAAGGACAGACAGCACAGACUGCAGAGGAUGGUUCUCAGCAUGGGACGCUGAUGGAGUUCUCACUUAAAGACCUGUAUGCCAUCCAAGAGAUUCAGGCUGAAGAGAACCUGCUGAAGCUCCUAGUCAACUCACUUUGUCCUGUCAUUUUUGGUCAUGAACUUGUUAAAGCAGGUUUGAUGUUAGCACUCUUUGGCGGUAGCCAGAAGUACGCAGAUGACAAAAACAGGAUUCCCAUUCGAGGAGACCCACACAUCCUGAUUGUUGGAGAUCCAGGCUUGGGAAAGAGUCAGAUGCUGCAGGCAGCAUGCAAUGUGGCGCCUCGUGGUGUGUAUGUCUGUGGAAAUACCACCACCAGCUCUGGGCUGACUGUAACUCUUUCAAAAGACAGUUCCUCUGGAGAUUUUGCUUUGGAAGCUGGUGCCCUGGUACUUGGUGACCAAGGCAUUUGUGGAAUAGACGAGUUUGAUAAGAUGGGGAACCAACAUCAAGCCUUGUUAGAAGCCAUGGAACAGCAGAGUAUUAGCCUUGCUAAAGCUGGUGUGGUUUGCAGCCUCCCUGCAAGAACUUCCAUUAUUGCUGCUGCAAAUCCAGUUGGAGGACACUACAAUAAAGCCAAAACAGUUUCUGAGAAUUUAAAGAUGGGGAGUGCCCUACUGUCCAGAUUCGAUUUGGUCUUUAUCUUGUUAGAUACGCCGAAUGAGCAGCAUGACCACUUACUUUCUGAACACGUGAUCGCAAUCAGAGCUGGGAAGCAGAGAGCCAUCAGCGGUGCCACAGUCGCUCGUGCGCUCAGUCAGGAUUCCAACACUUCCGUACUUGAAGUGGUUUCUGAGAAACCACUGUCAGAAAGAUUAAAGGUGGCUCCUGGAGAGAAGACAGAUCCGAUUCCACAUCAGCUGUUGAGGAAGUAUGUUGGUUAUGCACGGCGGUACGUCCACCCCAGGCUGUCCACAGAAGCUGCUCAGGCUCUUCAGGACUUUUACCUGGAGCUCCGCAAGCAGAGCCAGCGUAUGAGCAGCUCACCCAUCACCACCAGGCAGCUGGAGUCUUUGAUCCGUCUGACAGAGGCACGAGCAAGGUUAGAGUUGAGAGAGGAAGCAACUAAAGAAGAUGCUGAAGAUAUAAUUGAAAUUAUGAAACAUAGCAUGCUAGGAACUUACUCAGAUGAAUUUGGGAACCUGGAUUUUGAGCGAUCCCAGCACGGCUCUGGAAUGAGCAACAGGUCAACAGCAAAAAGAUUUAUUUCUGCUCUCAACAGCAUUGCUGAAAGAACUUAUAAUAAUAUAUUUCAAUUUCAUCAACUUCGUCAGAUUUCCAAAGAACUAAACAUUCAGGUUGCUGAUUUUGAAAACUUCAUUGGAUCACUGAAUGACCAGGGUUACCUCUUAAAAAAAGGUCCAAAGAUUUACCAACUUCAAACUACGUAACAGACUUACCAAGUCAGAGCCACCUGUGGUUUAUUAAUAGCUCAAAAUGAUCUUAAUUACAAAAACUGAAAAUGAAAGUUCUGAAAAAUGACACACAACUCUUGUAACAGAAGAAAGUGUUAGUUAUGAUCAGCUAAGAAGUGGUGAAGUUGUACAUUAAUAAUCCAUAAUUUAUCCAGAAGGCUAAAAGUAAUUUAGUUAUAUUAUUUUAUCUAAAUAACAUAAACAUUAUUUAUACUUGUCAUAUUUUUAUUAGUGUUUCAUAGUUUUGUAUAUCAGGUGUCUAUCAGGCAUUCACAUAAUACAUAAACAAAUGAGUAUGUGUUCUGGUGAAAGUUUAUUUACAUUAAACUUUGAAAUGUUUAAGUCACAAAUAAAACUAUUUGCUUCUAACCUUUAUGGUUAUGGGCAGUGGCUCUGACUUCUCAUUGGAAGUAGAAGAAAUUUGUUGACUUAAGCAGAAGUCCUUUCUGGAAAAUACUUAUUUACAGAAUCGUAUGAAGGCUGAUGACUAAAACAAAGAAGAAAAUCUUGCAGGAGUAGUUUGUAAAACUAGCCUGCUGCCAUGGUGUCUACAGCGCUCCUGCCUCUGCCUCAUGGCUGCCAUUCCUGCGCUGAGAACUGCCUCUGCAGAAAGAAGGUGGCAGCAGCAAAGGAUGCUCUUCAUCCGGCCUCCUAAGAGAAAGCACAACAAGGAACGUUGGUUUGAAAAGCUGGAUUACGUUCUGGGGAGUUUCCUGAGGUCUGCUUCAAGGGGGCAGGACCCAUAAAGUCAGAAUCCACCAUAUUUUGUGAGAAGCUUCAAGUGGAACUGGACCUCUAGCUAAAACAUCCUUCAUAUCUAUAACCAACAACCACUUUAGCAUAUAAGCACUCAGGCAUUGUCAGCCACUCAUUGGAAAUAAACUCAACUUCCGGGAAACUGGAUGGAUGAAAAAUUGAAAAACAAAAUGUAGGUGGAUUUUUCUGUCCUGCCAGCCAGCACCCAAAUAAACGACAUGGAGACUUCUUAUUAUGAAAGCUCGACCAAUAGUUUAGUCUUGCUUCUAACUAGCUCAUAUAACUUAAAUUAACCCAUUUUUAUUCAUUUACUUCCUGCCUCGUGGCUUUAUUACCUCAUCUCUGUAGUACCCAUCCUGCUUGCUCUACAUCUCCUCAUGACUCCUGCCUUCUUCCCAGUGUUCUCUCUGCCCUGAACAUCCUGCCUCGCUAUUGGCUGUUCAGCUUUUUAUGAAACCAAUCACAGUUACAGAUCUUUACACGGUGUAAAGGAGUAUCCCACAGCAACAAAACAUACCCAAGGAUCUGGCUUGGAGAAAUGGCUUAGUUGGUGAAGUUGAGAACCGAUCCUCUUGUAAAGCCAAGAGGAUUUGUAACCCUGACACUGGGUGGGGUAGGACAGGCAGAUCCCUGAAGCUCACUAGCCAGCCUGAACUAGGGAGCUCCAGUUCAUAAAUACACCCAGUCUCAAAAAAGUAAGGUGAGGUCACUCAGCAUCAACUUCUCCCCUCCCACCCCCAAACACCUACAUACAUACACAAAGAUGGCAGUGUAUAUUGAGUAGCCAAAAUAAAACAAAUAUUCAUAUUUUACAAUGGACAUUUAACCAAUAGUACAUCCAAAAUGGAAAUGAAAUGUGGGAUAAUAAAAAUAUUAAAGCCUGACUUGAAGGAAGCAAAUGGUAGCUGUUAGUAUAAAUAUAAUAAGGUAGUGAAUUGAACCUGGGACACUGAAUUGUAUCUGCAGCUCAAUAUGGUGAUGUCUGCCUUUAAAGGAUUUUUUUCUCUCUUUGUUUCUUGGGGGAGGGCGUCGGUGGGUGGCCACAGUGUUCUUGUGUAGUCCUGAGAAGUGAAGUCAGUUGAUGGGAUUUAGUUGCAAAUACCUUCACCAGUGGAGCCUUCUCAUCAGCUGCUGCUUUGUUUUUCAAGACAGGAUUUCUGUGUGUAACAGCCCUGGCUGUCCUGGAACUCACAGAGAUCCGCCUGCCUCAGCCUCCCAAGUGCUGGGAUUAAAGGCGUGUACCACACCUUGCCCAGCCUAGAGUGUUCAAGGGCAAGAAGAGCUGAUAAUCUGUUACUAGAGCUAAAAGUCUGCUUCAGAAGUCAGUGCAUAGCAGCUUUUCAUGAAAGAGAAAGAUGAAAUGCGUAAUCAAAGAAGAUGGGCCAUCAGACCAUUAUAUCUAAGGUUAAGACUGUUAAAUAAGGGUUGUAAGCCUAAUUAUGAGAAGCUGCUGAAUGUUUUCUUAAAUUCUGUAUUUGUUUAUUUGGUAGCUGUUGUCACAGGACCAAACUAACAGCUAAAAGUCAGGUGGUUGUAGUGCACACCUUUAAUCCCAGCACUUAGGAGGCAGAGGCAGGUGGGUAUCUUGAGUUUGAGGCUAGCCUGGUUUAUGUAGUGAGUUCCAGGACAGCCUGGGCCACACAGAGAAACCCUGUCUCGAAAAACUGAAUAAAUAAACAAAUAGCUAAAGCUGUUUACAUCUUCUGGCUGGCCAGCUUUUGUAACUCCAAAGAAAUAACUCCAAGCCCUCCCAGCCCAAACCCCAUGUGUUUCAUCUGCUCGCCACCUAUCAGCGCCUCACUGCAGAGGCUCUGGUCUUUGCUUUCUCUCCCUACCUUCUGCCCACUUCUCACCAGUGUUACCCAAAGUUCCUGACAAACAGAUGAGUGGUUCUAAUGGUGGUUUAAAAAUAAAGUCAACAUUGUUAAAAUA